CUGCAGCUUGGAAAAGGACAACAGCCUGUCCGGCAUGUUCAAGCUGCCCCCCUGCUGGGCGGCCCAUGAGCCCGUCGAUAUGCCGGUUUGAUGUUGGACGGAAAAUCAGAACCCCCCACAACAAACGGACUGGAACAGAGAGAUUGGAAGAGGGACAGAGAGAAUAGAAAGGGAACAACCAUUGACAGAUGGACUCUGUUGUGAUUAAAGAUGGCGUCAGUCUUCACUGCAGACUACGAAGGACUGUAUCCGAUCUGUAAAGAAGUGGUGGGAGUUGUCUGCGGUUCAGCUCGUCAGGACCAUGAAGAAAGCGGCGUGGCACAUCAGGAGGAAGAAUUGGACUGCAGAGAUAAACUUGUACAACAAUGUUCUGUCCCAGUCAGACCUUUCCAAUGGUGGGAAAUUAGACUGGCUUUAUUAUUACUGAAGGAUUGUGCAUUAAAUACCCCUACAAUGGAAUCAUCAGUGACAGGACCCAGACCUGGAGGACACAUGAGGAAGACAAUCAAACUCAAGGAUCUUUUUCAGAGAAGCAUAACUAGAAUACUGGAUCCAACAGUUGUGCAGUGUUGGCACUGCCGGGACUAUGAGCAUAAGCGACCAAAGGGGCUUCAUCGCAGACCUGGGAGGCAGCUUCACUGAGGAUGCUCCCAGACCUCCUGUUCCCGGGGAGGAAGGAGAGCUGGUGUGCAACGAUGGUCGCCAGCACAGCAACCUCACCUUCUCCUCCAAGAACGAGAGCACCAAAAGCGAAGCGUCUGUGGCUACACCCAGACGGCCAGACUUGGAUCUGGGCUACGAGCCAGAGGGCAGUGCUUCCCCAACACCACCCUACUUAAAAUGGGCCGAGUCGCUUCACUCCCUCCUGGAUGACCAGGACGGCAUCCAUCUGUUCAGGAAAUUCCUCAAGCAAGAGGACUGUGCGGAUAUGCUGGACUUCUGGUUUGCGUGCAGCGGCUUUCGCAAACUGGACGCCAGCGAGGGGAACGAGGAGAAGAAGGUGAAAUUGGCGAAAGCCAUCUACAAAAAGUACAUCCAGGACAACAAUGGGAUUGUCUCCAGACAAAUCAAACCAGCUACCAAGUCUUUCAUCAGAGACUGUUUGAUGAGGCUUCACAUUGAUCCUGCGAUGUUUGACCAGGCUCAGACUGAGAUACAGAGCAGGAUGGAGGAAAACACGUAUCCUUUGUUCCUCAAAUCUGACAUAUAUUUGGAAUACACACGGACAGAAGGAGAGAGCCCUAAGCCGUGCGGCGACCAGAGCUCUGUUUCUGGGCCUGAAAAGGGAGUGUCGGGGUAUUUACCCACUUUAAACGAAUACGAGGAGUGGAGAUGUGACAAAGGGCCAGAGGAGACGGAGUGUGAUCUGACACCGAGCAGCCAGCUGACUCAGAAGCUGUUGAUGGAGACGGUGCCCCGGAGAGUUGCCAGCAGUGCAAAAUUCCAGGACAGCCAGGAGUGCAGGCACGGACCGUGUCGAGAGCCCAUCAACCCAUACUACGUCAACGCCGGUCAUGUUCUGGCCCCGGCCACCAGUGCCAAUGACAGUGAGCAGCAGAGCAUGUCCAGUGACGCAGAGACGCUUUCGCUCACAGACAGCAGUGUAGAUGGUGUUCCACCAUACCGAUACCGCAAACAGCAUCGCCGGGAGAUGCACGAGAGCGCCAAAGCAAACGGGCGAGUGCCACUACCUCAUUUUCCACGCACAAACCGGAUUCCAAAGGAUAUACACGUGGAGCCGGAGAGGUUCGCCGCCGAGCUGAUCGGGAGGCUGGAGGGCGUCCUUAGGGAGAGGGAGGCCGAGGAGAAACUGGAGGAGAGGCUGAGAAGAGUCCGACUGGAGGAAGAAGGGGAUGAAGUUUCCUCGCCCUCGUCAUUACCAAGUCAAAGAUUCCCCCCUAGUGCUUAUUCACUGAAUUACAACCCCCGUUACGCCGACAUCACAUACAGCAGUCCCUCCGUCCAAGACGCUCACGAGGAAAACCCAGAAAGUAUCCUGGACGACCACGUCCAGCGUGUCAUGAAGACGCCCAUCUGCGAGUCUCCGGGAACCGGGCGCCACUCCCCCAAGUCUCGCUCUCCGGACGGUUUCUCCGGGGUCAGAGGAGUGGCGCAGCCGGGCCAGGGUAAACACUCAGCUAGGCACGGUUCGAAGGGAGAGACGAGCCAUCUGUACCACCACAAAUCUGUGCAUCACAGUCACGCGAGCGCCGCGGAGCCCGAGGGGGCCUCGCGUACGCACGGCAGCUCUGCCUGGAGCCUGGAGACGAGCUAUUACAGCUCGAAACCUCGAAGUUAUGCAGACGGCAUGAUAUCCAACCCGGUGGAGCACAUUGGCUUCAGCAGCAAAGGUGGGCCUCAGUGUAAACGGGCAUUCAAGAGAGGUGAGGAGACGAGGGCUUAUGACGCGCCACGGCCUGCAGAGGAGACGGAGAAAAAACAGAAGAUCCUGUUGUGGCUGAUGGAAGGACAGAAAGAAAUGGGUCACCAUAAAAAAAGUCCAUAUGGGAGUGUCAGUGGGUCCAAGAGGACUGCGAGCCACGAGGCGUCUCGCCUCAGCUCCUCCGACAGAUCAGGGUCGAUGCAUCCGUGCCUCAGUGGCCAAGGGCGCAGCAACGUGCAGCCGUUCCACCCAUUCAUCCAGGACCCCACCAUGCCUCCUAACCCAGCUCCCAGCCCACUCAUCCAGCUCGAGGAGGUGUGUCGGCGGCUCGAAGAGGAGAAGAUUAAGUCUGGAGCGCUGCAGCCUAAGCAAAGGUAUGUGAUGGAGGUGAUCCAAAGGGGCCGCGCCGCCGUCAGGCCUUCACCAGUCCCUCUGCUCAACGCGGUGCCCGCCGUUUCAGAUGGCGAGCUCUCCGAGCCCGAACAUAAAGCCACUAAAAAGCAGGCCUGCGAGAAUAUUACCGUGGCUUACUACUUCUGUGAGGAGCUGAUACCGUACAGGACGUCUGUCAAAGGGAGGGUUGUUACACUGGGCCAGUUUAAAGAACUUCUUACAAAGAAAGGAAAUUACAGAUAUUAUUUCAAGAAGGUGAGCGAUGAGUUCGACUGCGGGGUGGUGUUCGAAGAGAUUCGCGAGGAUGACGCCGUCUUGCCCGUCUUCGAGGAAAAGAUUAUCGGGAAAGUUGAAAAGGUCGACUGAAACGGACGCCGCAGAGGAAAGAAGAAGUUGGUGGAUGAAGAGGGGAUGCACAGCUGAAGGUGAAGAGGAAGUGAGUUUAAAUGGGAGAUCAGAGGAAAGGGAGACAUCAGGGGUAACUAAGACGUGGAAGCUCAACGCUGCGGUCGAAGAGAAGGCCUCGUUCACAUUUUUGGAGUUUGUUGUAGCAUUGUAAAGUUUUCUAGAUAGAUGAAGAACAAAAGCGCUCCCGCAGCUGCAUAUUUUUGAUAAAUAUAUAUCAGAGGAUUUCCUUCCUGAAGUAGCAGCACUUGCAAUUUUUUAAAUGUCCCGAGAACAGAUUUGUACAGUUUGUGUUUAAAGAAUAACAGUUUUUUUAUUCUUUUUCAUCUAUUUAAAAUAAAACUUUUCAUGUUUAUUAAAAUGUUUCCCUUCUUGGAAGUUAUGGAAGAUGAUUUCUUAGAGCUGACGAUUGUUUUUCCUUUUCUUUUUUGGACUUCUCUUUUUUAGAUGUUUGUAAUGUAAUUGUUUUUAUGUCAUCGGAACUUUAUUUUGACAGGUAACUUGUUUAUCCACAUGUUGUGAAUAUAUUCUUUCGUUUAGGCUUUCAAAAUCUUACUGACAGAUUUUGUGGGAAUCUCUUUGACACGGUUUGGAAGGUUUAAUGCUCUAUAGGAUAUUUCAGGAACCCUGAAAGUAAUUUGAUAUGAAAUUAAGACAUUCAUUAAAAGAAUGUCAGAACUUACCAAGAUGUCUAUUUUGCUACUUGAAUUGACUGCAGUAAUAUAAAAUACUCUGGGUGUAUUUUGGUGUACACUGCCUAGAAAUGUAGUUAACACCCUUUUUAGGUGACAAGAUAUUUUUUGAGCCCAAUUCAGUAACAAGACAAAUUUAAUGCAAUAAUUUCUAAAGUAAAAAAGCAAAAUUGGAAUCCCAAUGCAAAUCUAUGCAAAAUGAUCAUUAAAAAGUAGUCGCCCCUUCACAGAUUACUCCUGAUUUCUCCUUUUAGGUCCCUUUCUUUCAAAUCAUGCAACAUACCCAUUGUAUGAACAAAAUGUUCUUUUCAAAUCAUUUCAUUAUUCAAGAGACAAAAGGUUUCCAAACCAACCUGGCCCUGUAUGAAAAACUCUUAACAAAUAGAUUUUUUAUGCCGUCUAUGUGUUUUUAAUGCACAUUUUAAACCUUGAAUAACUCUGUAGUCUGUAAGUUAUUGAAAAUACUGGCUGAUUGCUAACCUGAAGCCUUCUCUGUGCCUGGCAGGAUUAUUAGGAUCUAUAUGUGAUCGACACAUUUUACACCAAAGAUCAAAACAUAGUCUCUAAAAUGACCCAUUUAGUUCAUUUUACAGGAGUGCAUCAUAUCCCAAAGGUUUCUGGGAUAUGAUUGAGGAUUUUUAAUGAUUUUAAAUAUCAGCAAAGGCCUGAAGAAACACUUGGUGAAGCUUGCAGAGUUAGGGUUUGCCUACAACUGAAAUGAAUUUAAAUGUCACUACCAUUGCUAGCCACCACGGCCAUGUAAAGGCAACGUAAAGGACAAUUUCUGCACUGAAAUGGUACACAAGCUAGAAAAGGGGGUUCACAGCCACCAUGUUUGUUUGUAUUUAGUUCCUCAUCAUUGCGCUGGGUUCCAUGGUGAGUAAUAUGCCAUCUAUUAAUAUGUUUUUUUUUUUAUAACAACCAAGAACUCCUUGAAUUUAGAGUGCUGUAUGCGUGUUAUUGGGACACAAUGUGACAAAAAAAAAUUUUUUUUAAGAUGCUGCUUUUUAGAUUACUAAAAUCAGUUUUAACAUAUUUGUUGUUCAUUAGUGGCCAUUGAUUAUUAGCUUGUUAAAUUGUGAGUUAUUUUGGAUUGUUUGGAAACAGGAUCAGCGCUGUAUUGUACAAACUGUGAAAGCUCUUCUAUUUAAAUCCAUUUAAUAUAUACAAUGAAUUACAGAGUGCCUUUAUUACUAUACUAAUGAUGUCUGCAGCGCAAUGUCCAGAUAAGUACGGCGACAUUAAAUCCUCUAUUGAGGAUUGUUUUUUAAUGUGCAUUAUUGGUACUUGUUUUCUUCAUCCUAUUUAUGUAAAUGUAAAUAUGUAGAAUUUAAACAGUCAGCAGCAAGCAGCUCCGCCUUCACAUUCUUGGACCCGUUUCUUUUUUUUUUCUUUUUUGUUGUUCUUCACUAAUUAGCAUGGUGACCAGUCUAAGGUACCAGAACAAUAAAUUCAUGCAAUAAACCCAACAUUUAAGUUA